AAGAGCUCGCGCCGAAGCCGCCGCCCCGUGCGCCUCCCCGCCCGACCCGGCGCGCCCGCGACAGGAAGACCGGCCCCUUGCGCCCCCAUGGCGACGUCCAAAGUCGUCGACAGCGCCCCGGCCCCCACGGGCAACGUCGUCGUCGUCCAGGGCGUCGUCACGGGCUUCUCGACGCCCCUCGUCGGGGACAAGGACUGGCCCGCGGCUCUCUGCUGCUUUGACAACUGCGGCUGCGCCGCGGACCUGCCGCUGUGCUGCUACGCGACGUGGUGCACGCCCUGCCUCUGGGCCGAGCUCGCGGAGCGCCUCGACGUCUCGGGCGUCGACGGCAACCCCGAGCUCUGCGGCCCCUGCCUGUGCUGCACGACGCCGCGCUGCGCGACGAACUACUGGGCGCUCGCGGCCUGGUCCUGCGCGUCGUCGCUCCUCCAGGGCGCCCUGGCCACGGUGCUCCACCAGUCCGCGUCCUGGGCCCGCCUCGAGCCCAUCCUCACGUCCAAGACCCGCGCGACGCUCGAGCGGAACCACGGCCUCCGGCGCCAGUGCUGCUCGCCCUGCUGCGUCCACUACUGGUGCGGCGCGUCCGCGCUCUACCAGGAGGCCGUCUACGUCAAGCACGUGCUGAAGAAGGACUUCGACUGCUGCUCCUACAAGGGCUGCUGCCAGACGAGUUGCUGCUGCUGCCUCGGCGCGAACCCGGCGCCGGGCGAGUUCCGCGGCGACGGCUACUCCGCGGUCACGACGCAGCCCGGCGUCGGCGCCGUCUGAGCCGCCGGGCCCCGUUUUCCCCGCGCGCGCGCCGGGGACCACCCCGGCGCGCCCGCUCCCCUAACGACCCCCUUUUGUGC